AUGGCUCCCAACGAAGUUGUGGAUGACGUUGAUGCUAGAGUACAAAACAUGGAAAAAGAACAGCCCGUUUCUCUACGACAUGAUUCUAAGGUAGGAAAGGCCGAACCGAUUACGUCAAGUCGAGUCAAGCUAACCUGCAUUCAAAGCACGGCGCUAGAGUGGCCGACGCUCACCACGCAGUGGUUCCCAGAUGUCAAGGACGUGAAUGAUAAGAAUUGCACAGUCCACAGACUACUCAUCGGAACCCACACUGCGGAGGGCAAGCCCAACUAUCUGCAGAUUGCUGAACUCGAGCUGCCCAAAUUUACCGACCCUAACCCUCGCGACUAUGACGAGGAGCGUGGCGAGAUCGGUGGCUAUGGUGGUAAGGGGUCCUCGGGGGAGCCUGCUGUGAUCAAGUUCAACAUCACCCAAAAGAUUGAUCACCCCGGUGAGGUCAACAAGGCACGGUAUCAGCCGCAGAACCCCGACAUUAUCGCCACCCUUGCUGUAGACGGCAAGGUCUUGAUCUUUGACCGCACGAAGCAUAGCUUGACACCCACGGGCACGCCGAAUCCCCAAAUCGAACUCAUCGGCCAUAAGGAGGAAGGUUUUGGGCUGAGUUGGAACCCCCACGAGGCGGGGUGCCUAGCAACCGGUAGUGAAGACAAGACAGUGCUGCUUUGGGACCUUAACACGAUUCAGGGGAAUGGUAAGACCCUCAAGCCGUCGCGCAAGUACACACACCACAACCACAUCGUCAAUGACGUGCAGUACCACCCCAUGGUCAAGCACUGGAUCGGCACGGUGUCAGACGACCUGACACUCCAAAUCAUUGACGUGCGGCGUUCCGAUACCACGAAGGCGGCCGUCGUGGCCCGUGACGGCCAUAGCGAUGCGAUCAACGCGCUAUCAUUCAACCCGAGGACUGAGUUUCUAAUCGCCACAGCGUCGGCUGACAAGACGAUCGGUAUCUGGGAUAUGAGGAACCUUAAACAGAAGAUCCAUACGCUCGAGGGACAUGUCGAUGCGGUGACUUCGCUCUCGUGGCACCCGACCGAGAUCAGCAUCCUAGGCAGCGGGGGUUACGACAGGCGGGUCCUCUUCUGGGAUCUUAGCCGUGCGGGUGAGGAACAACUGCCAGAGGACCAAGACGACGGUCCGCCGGAGCUGCUCUUUAUGCACGGCGGACACACCAACCACCUAGCCGAUUUUAGCUGGAACCUCAACGACCGUUGGCUGAAGGGGGAUGAAAAUCCGGGGUUGCAGCGGACAGGAGGCCAAGGUGCCAGUUCGAGGCCAGCCGGCGCUUCGAAGCCGUCGGGCUUUGUCAGUCCGGACUCCUCGCUGAGGCCCGAAGAAGCGGAUUCUAGGUCUAAGUCCGAGGCAACCGUGGAGACGUCUAGAAGACAAGAGCAGCAAAAAGCAUUUGUAAUUACCAGAAAGGAAUGGGCCAGAUGGAUUGCUUUGGACAAGGGGAAGAAAGUAGACAAGGAGAAGAGAGUGGAUAAGGAGAAGAGAGUGGACAAGGAGAAGGAGAUGGGCAAGGAAAACGAGGAGAGGGAGGAGGAAAUGGAGAGGGAGAAGGAAAUGGAAAGCGAGAAGAAAGAGGAGAGGGAGAAGGAAAUGGAAAGGGAGAAGCAAGAGGAGAGGAAGAAGGAAAUGGAAAAGGAAAAGAAAGAGGAGAGGGAGAAGGUGGGGAAGCAGAGGAAGAAGGAAAGGGAGCCGGAGCCGCAGCUAGCGAAUGUAACGACGAGAAGGGCAUGGGCCAGAAUGAUUGCAUGCCCUGCUCCGGUGGACGAAGAGGAAGAGAAGGAUCAAGAGAGGGAGGAAGAGACCCGGGAGGGUAAGGGGAAGGGAAAAUGGAGGUGA